GAUACUUGUUUGCCAGCGAAGCUGUAGCUUCUACCUAACGUCGUGCCAGUACCGGUGAGCGAUUGUACACCAGUACUACACGAGAUGACAAGUUCAUCUGUUUGCGCUUGCAAAGGCGUGAGAACGUGCCUUAGAUGCGAAAGUUUAGGAAACACAAGCAACGAGGCUGCGAGAAGACAGACAGAGCAGACGUGGAGAGACACGUAUCAGCUAUCUCUAGAGCAUGCCUGUAAUAGACUGAUACAGCUGCACACGUACAGCGGACCAGAACGGUGUUCCCAUUUAGAGUUGACUGAUUGUAAGUCUUUGGAAUUUGAGGGAAUUAAAUUGAUAGAGAAUUUCAUCACGUUGGAACAAGAGUCAAAGUUAGUUCAGUGUAUCGAUUCUAACCCCUGGAAAGACUCCCAAUCUGGUAGACGAAAGCAGGAUUAUGGCCCUCGUCCUAAUUUUAAGAAGAAGAAGCUAAAGCUCGGGUCGUUUUCUGGACUGCCUGCCUACAGCAAGUCCAUUGUUAGUGCUUUACACUUGCUGCCAGGAUUGGACUCCUUUAAACCUGUGGAGCAAUGUAAUCUCGAGUAUCUGCCAGAGAGAGGGUCUGCUAUUGAUCCACACAUUGAUGAUGAAUGGCUAUGGGGAGAACAGUUGAUAACAUUAAAUCUUCUGUCUGACACUUUUCUUACAUUUGUGAAAGAGGAGCUGAAUGUUGAAGUACGUGUUCCUCUUCCUCGACUGUCUCUUCUCAUUGUUUCGGGUGCAGCAAGACACAGCUGGAAGCAUGCGAUAUACAGGAGGGAUAUUUACGAUCGUAGGAUAGCUAUUACCUUUCGAGAAUUAUCUGUUGAGUUUAGAGAACCGGGAGGAGGACAACAUGAAAUCGGUGAGAAACUGGAACAAAUAGCUUGUCAGUUUGAUGGACAAUGCUGCAUAUAAAAUCUAGAUUUGGGGUGCUUAUCAAGAUCUAAUUAAUGUAACCAUUUUUUAUCAGAUCUGACAAAGUUGAAAGAGAAAAAAUUUACAUUAGAUUACUUAACAUUAUUUUGCAAACGUAGUUAGCUGCUACUUGCAUGUUAACUUUUACCUUGAGGCUUCCAAUAGAUGAACAUGCGCAGUGAACAGCAAACCAUGUUGUACUGCAACACUUUUUUUCUCAGUAGCAGCUU